AUGGCUGGGACUGGAGUGUUUUCAGAAAUUUUGGAUGGCGAUGUGUACAAGUACUACCAUGAUGGGGAAUGGAAGAAGUCUUCUUCCGGUAAAACUGUCGCUAUUGUCAAUCCAACUACAAGAAAGACUCAGUACAAGGUUCAAGCUUGUACACAGGAAGAGGUAAACAAAGUGAUGGAAUCAGCCAAAAGCGCACAGAAAGCAUGGGCUAAAACUCCUCUAUGGAAGAGAGCAGAGCUCCUUCACAAGGCAGCUGCUAUCCUGAAAGAGCACAAAGCCCCAAUUGCUGAGUGCCUGAUAAAAGAAAUUGCAAAACCAGCUAAAGAUUCAGUCACUGAGGUUGUGAGGUCAGGUGAUCUUGUUUCCUACACUGCUGAAGAAGGGGUCAGAAUCCUAGGAGAGGGAAAAUUCUUGGUUUCUGAUAGUUUCCCUGGGAACGAGAGAACCAAGUACUGCCUGACUUCUAAGAUUCCUCUUGGAGUGGUUCUAGCAAUUCCACCUUUUAACUAUCCCGUCAACUUAGCUGUCUCAAAGAUCGGUCCUGCAUUGAUUGCUGGAAACUCCCUUGUGCUCAAGCCUCCAACUCAGGGUGCUGUCUCUUGCCUCCAUAUGGUACACUGUUUUCACUUGGCUGGUUUUCCCAAAGGCCUAAUCAACUGUGUCACUGGAAAAGGGUCUGAGAUUGGUGACUUCCUUACUAUGCAUCCUGGUGCGAACUGUAUAAGCUUCACCGGUGGAGAUACUGGUAUUUCAAUUUCAAAGAAAGCAGCCAUGAUCCCUCUUCAGAUGGAAUUGGGAGGGAAAGAUGCCUGCAUAGUGCUUGAAGAUGCUGACCUAGAUUUGGUAGCAGCAAACAUAAUAAAAGGAGGCUUUUCUUACAGUGGUCAAAGAUGCACUGCAAUUAAGGUUGUAUUGGUGAUGGAAUCCGUUGCUGAUUCUCUGGUUGAAAAGGUGAAAGCAAAAGUUGCAAAAUUAAGAGUUGGGCCACCAGAGGAUGACUGUGAUAUCACUCCAGUAGUAACAGAGUCAUCUGCCAAUUUCAUUGAAGGACUGGUUAUGGAUGCUAAAGAGAAAGGAGCAACAUUCUGCCAGAAGUAUAAGAGAGAGGGUAACCUCAUCUGGCCCGUGUUGUUAGAUAACGUGAGGCCUGACAUGAGGAUUGCAUGGGAAGAACCAUUUGGGCCAAUUUUGCCAGUGAUAAGAAUAAAUUCUGUGGAAGAAGGAAUUCACCAUUGCAAUGCUAGCAAUUUUGGACUCCAGGGUUGCGUAUUUACAAAGGACAUCAACAAAGCAGUGUUGAUCAGCGAUGCAAUGGAAACCGGGACUGUCCAGAUCAACUCGGCACCAGCUCGUGGACCAGAUCAUUUCCCUUUCCAGGGUUUGAAGGAUAGUGGCAUUGGAUCACAAGGCAUCACCAACAGCAUUAACAUGAUGACCAAAGUCAAGACCACUGUUAUCAACUUACCUUGCCCUUCUUACACCAUGGGCUCUUCAGGAUCCUCCAUUAGAAGUAGAAUUUGA